UCACACCUUCCACUGCUGCAACACAGGUGCUGCUGACUCGCUGCCCUCAAUCUGCACCAACAUGAGUCCAAAAAAUGUUGUUUUCAAGAAGAUUUGCAAAGACAAGUCGGUUGGAGUCUACAUGGGCAAAAGAGACUUUGUCGACCGCGUUGACUCUGUGGAUCCAGUGGAUGGCGUCAUCAUCAUUGACCCUGAGGCUCUGCAGGGGAGGAAAGUGUUCGUCACCCUGUCCUGUACUUUCCGGUACGGCAGGGAUGACAUGGAUGUGAUGGGAAUCGCCUUUCGCAGGGAGCUGUACCUGUCAACUCGCCAGGUGUACCCGCCUCUGCAGGACCGCGAGAAGGGAAUCCACACCAGGAUGCAGGCCAAGCUGCUGCGCAAGCUGGGAGACAACGCCUACCCGUUCUUCUUUGAGUUUCCUGACAACCUGCCUUGCUCAGUGGCUCUCCAGCCAGCACCUCACGAUGUCGGCAAGCAAUGUGCUGUGGAGUUUGAGAUCAAAGCGUUCAGCGCUGAGAGCCAGGACGCUAAAAUUCGCAAACGGAGCACAGUUAAGCUGAUGAUCAGGAAGGUCCAAUACGCUCCAGAGAACGAGGGAGUGGCGCCCUCUGUUGAAACCACCAGGGACUUUGUCAUGUCGGAUAAACCGCUGCUUGUCAAGGCCAGUCUGGACAAAGAGAUGUACUACCAUGGUGAAGUUAUCAAUGUGCACGUCAGCAUCACAAACAACUCCAACAAAAACAUCAAGAACAUCAUCGUCUCUGUGGAUCAGGUCGCUACGGUGGUGUUGUACUCCAAUGACAGCUAUGUCAAAUCUGUGGCCAUCGAGGAACCUGGGGACUCGGUGUCUCCUGGAGCGACCCUGCAGAAAGUCUACAAGCUGCUGCCCGUGCUGGCCAACAACAGAGAGAGGAGGGGCAUCGCUCUGGAUGGCAAACUGAAGCAUGAGGACACCAACCUGGCAUCAUCCAGCAUUAUCAAGGAAGGUGUGCUGAAAGAAGUUAUGGGGAUCAUGGUGUCGUACAGAGUCAUGGUGAAGCUCAUCGUUGGAGGGAUGAUGGGAUCAAGCGAGGUCGGCCUAGAGGUUCCCUUCAAACUGAUGCAUCCUAAACCUGAUGCAGUGAAGGAGAGUGAGAUGGAGGAGGAGAUGGAGUUUCAAGAGUUCAAACGCUCCUACCUGAAGGGGAUGAUUGAUGACGAGGACGAAGAUGGCAAUGUGUCGGGGGGUGACGACAUGGCGCCUAAAGAGAAAUAAAGGAGAGAGUUGGUUGGAGUGAUGACAGCUGUAGCAAAGACAGCUGGGAGUUUGAGUCGACUCAGAGUUUGUGCUAGAAAAAAAUUGAGACUUAAUUAAAGGACCAUAUCUGUGAUUUUGCAUAUUUUGGUACAUAGUUCACCAAGUACACUGAUCAGGGGCAGAAGGGCUCUUUAACAGUAUGAAAACAUCUUCCUGACAAGGCUAACAUGGUACCAGA